UUGGCUUAGACAGUCUUCCGCACAGUUCUUUUCAGUAACGUCCUGUAUUAUAAUACAGAUACUUAUAUACUUGUAUAAUCUAGUUCUGUUUUGCAAAAACGUUAACCUUCAGGGAAACAAAAAAAGGGAGAACAAUUCGUUUUUAUAUAAAAAAUGUUAUAUUUCCUGGCUUGGUGAAGUGAAUUUACGAUAUAUUAAAAAAAUAAGCCUACAACUGUAUAUGUAGAAAAAAUUUCGUGCCUUUAUAUCUCUUUACUGAAACUCUGCACUUUUUUUGGAGUUUAUACUUUAAUUUUACUACAUAUACUUACAUAUGUAUACAUGUAUGUAAUUUUUUAAACGUAUCUGCGCCAUAGGUACUUUGUCGAAAGUCACGAGAGCAAAUUAUUGAACUGUGUAAUGAGCCGCAGAAGUCAAUUGAGUCUGGGAAACAGUGAUUAAUGAAAAACUUGAUGGAUUCUGAAAGCACACGAAAACGAAAGAGAACAGAAUUUCUUGAAAAGGCCCUACAACAUCUAGACCAAGUCAAAAAUUCAAGGCAAGAACGCAAUGAUGCUGACGUAUUUGCUGAAUCUUGUCCGCAGAGCAGCAAAUAUUUGCAAAACGAGGUAUUGAGGAGAUUCUACUAUAUGGACAAUUAGAAUUAAAUGAUAUGAAAUAUCGACGUUUAUUUUACUACAAUGAACAGUAACAACUUGCAGCAAUGGUGGGAAAAUACUUAUCGCCAUCAUCAGUUGAAACAUGCUUUCAAUUCUCACGAUACGCACGGUCUCCAGAUACCUCCACUCAUCGCAAAGGACCCUCGUUCAGAUAUAUUAAAGCAGAUCGGUAACAAUGAUUAUGACGCCUUUUUAAAUUACACUAUAACGCAUUCUCCGAUUGACAUUCCUGACUCAGAAGAUAACCUCUUAUCUUCAGUUACGUUAUUAAUUAUGGUCAUACUAUUUGGACUAGUUGUAUUUGGUGGCGUAUUAGGUAAUGCAACAUUAUUGUUCACGCUUUGUUCGGCAUCAUCAGUGCGAUUGCGAAAUCCGCUUUUAUUAGCUGUUUGCCUUGCCGACUUGUUAGUUACGGGCAUUUCUGCACCAAUGACUUUAUUAAAUGUAGCCCUGAAUCGUAAGACGAACACUUUACCACUGAUAAUAUGCAAAGUAAUUCAUUAUGUGCAGAUAAUGCCAGUGGCUGCAAGUACAAUUUCUUUCUUCAUGCUUUCACUUGAUCGUUAUGCCACAGUAAGACACCCAUGUUUGUCACAGUUACGUCAGCGUCGAUAUUUGCAUAUUUCAUUAGCGCUCUUUUCAUGGAUCGCAUCAGCUGUUCUCAGCGCGCCAUUUCUGUACACAUACAACAUAAUUGCGAAAAGUGCAAUAACAAAUCUCGAUGACAGCAACAAAUAUGCAACAUCGUCUGAAAUUUUGCUAGGUACCAAUGAAAAUGCUAAAGUGGGACCGUUUUUGCUUACCACCACAGCUUUACCAAACGUCAGAAUAAGCUGUACUUCCGACCUCGGGUCCAGUACAUUUUUAAUUUCCUUUAUUAUUUUCCAUACCUUUGCCGUAUUUAUUAUACCCGGAUGUGGUGUGCUAUUAAACCAUUAUGGUGUACGUCAGAAGUUAUGUGCACUUUCUUUAACAGCGCGAGCCGCUCAUGGUGAAUUACCGCUUCCUAUGCCCAUACUCCGUAGACAAACGCACAUGGUUAUUGUAACUGGAAUCGCCAACGCUCAGCAGACAACCGCAUGUCCGGUCACAAAUGACCCCUCUAAUGGACCUGAUAUACAAAUGCAAAACUUAAAUCCAGGUUCCAUUAUCGGAAAAAGUCAUGAUUUCAUCAAAUCUUCUAACCCCAUAUCACCAAGGGCAAUGCGUGAAAUUCGGGCACAUUCCCAACGUCAACGUAUUAACCAUAAAACAUGUUUGCAUGGUCCAGCUGCGCCUGGUAUACCAUUACCACGAACUUCAACUCUCCACUCGAGACGACGCCUAGCCAAUGUACUCAUAGCAUCAGCCAUACUAUUUAUUUUAUGUUGGGCGCCCCACGUAUUUUGCAUAUUUUACACAAGCUUCGGUUAUAAGCAUUAUUGUUCUAAGACUUCCAAGUACUUUCAUUUGCUACUAGCACGACCACCGGGGACAACACUAACUACCUUUUUCGAGUUGCAAGAACAUUGCUAUAUUCCGAAAUACCGCAAAAUUUCACUUGCAAUCCAUCAUCGAAAACAUUUCAACGACGAAAGCAAGGGGAGCGUGUUGACGGUUAUCCAAAUGUCCGUAAAACCGAUGCCAUAAGACGCAUUUACACCAUCCAUCCGAACAACGCCGAAUGUUUUUAUUUGCGUCUGCUCUUAGUCAACGUGACCGGACCAAGAUCAUUUGAUGAUUUGAAAACUGUUGACGGUCAGUUGUGUGCGACGUAUCGUGAAGCAUGUCAGCGAUUGCAUUUGUUAGAAGAUGAUAUGCAUUGGGACACCGUACUUCAUGACGCAUCACUCACAUCUCAUCCAAUACAAAUACGCGUACUAUUCGCCAUAAUAAUAUCUACAUGCCUUCGGUCAAAUCCGCAAUAACUCUGGAAUAAGUACAAAGACUGCAUGAUCGAGGACUUAUUAAUUUUGGCGCGUAAUCGAGCAUCGGACGCAGACUUGCUAUAUACAUUACAAAUGUAUAAUUCUGCUUUGAUAUUGGUUGAAGAUCUGUGCCUUACAAUUGCGAAUAAGCCAUUAGCGCAACUUGGCAUUACUGCGCCCAGUCAUUGACCAUGAGCUUCAACGUGAACAACAAUACGAUUGCAAUGAAUUGCGUGCUUUCAUACAAGCUAACAUUACCAAAUUGAAUAUUCAGAAGAAAAACGCUUAUGAUAAGAUUAUACGAGCGGUUGACAAUAACGCCGGUGGAUUCUACUUUCUUGAUGCGCCCGGUGGUACAGGGAAAACGUUUCUGAUCUCUUUGAUUCUUGCUACUAUACGGUCACAGCAGAAAAUUGCGCUGGCAAUUGUUUCGUCAGGCAUCGCUGCUACUCUACUUGGUGGCGGCCGAACAGCACAUUCUGCGUUGAAAUUACCGUUGAACAUCCAAGUCGUUGAAACACCAACGUGCAACAAAUCGAGGAAUUCAACAAUGGCAAAAGUUUUGCGAGGAGCUGGAAUAGUUCUAUGGGAUGAGUGCCAAAUGGCUAACAAAAAGUCAUUAGAAGCAAUCAAUAGAACAAUGCAAGAUUUACGCCAAAAAGCAACAAAUUUUUGGCGGAGCAUUAGUCUUAUUAUCCGGCGAUUUUCUGCAAACUUUGUCAGUCAUUCCUCGAUCAACUCCUGCCGACGAAAUAAACGUAUGUUUGUGGAGACAUGUUCAAAGGCUGACUGUUACCAUCAACAUGCGAGUCCAAUUGCAAAAUGAUCGAUCCGCAGCGGCGUUUUCGAAGCAGUUGUUGGACAUUGGCGAAGGCAAAAUACCAAUCGAUGAUACCGGUUUGAUCACAUUGCCGAACAACUUUUGUACACUUUUACAAUCGAAAAAGAAUUGAUUGAAAGUGUACUUCCGAAUAUUGUUCAACACUAUCAACGCCACGAUUAUUUAAGUGAAUGCGCAAUAUUGGCACCGAAAAAUGUACACGUCAACGAAAUCAAUUUUGCCAUUCAAGAAAAACUGCCAGGAGGAGCUACAACAUAUAUGUACAUCGAUUGAUAGCGUUUUAAAUCAAGAUGAAGUAGUCAAUUAUCCAACUGAAUUCUUGAAUUCUUUGGAUCCCCCCGGUCUGCCACCGCAUCGUUUGGUCCUGAAAAUCGGUUCACCCAUUAUACUUCUACGAAAUCUGAAGCCACCGACUUUGUGUAAUGGCACAAGACUUUCAGUCAAAAAAUUGUGGCCAAAUUUGAUUGAAGCAACAAUACUAAAUGGCAAGGCAGCAGGUGAAGUUGUACUCUUACCACGCAUUCCCAUGAUUCCAACGGACAUGCCGUUUGAAUUUAAGCGCUUGCAGUUCCCAGUACGUCUUGCCUUUGUGAUGAUCAUCAACAAAUCGCAUGGGCAAACGUUUCAAGUGUGCGGCGUCAAUUUGGAAGAACCGUGAUUCUCCCACGGCCAAUUGUUCGUCGCAUGCUCGAGAGUGGGAACACCAAGGUGCUUAUUCAUUUACGCGCCAGGUGGAAAAACCAAAAAUGUUGUGUACCAAUAUGUUUUAUAAAUGUGUUAUAAAUAAGUAACAGUUUUACAACAAUAAAUAAAACACAAAGUAAAAACCCUUAA